CACUUCCCUCAGAAAAGCUAGAGAGGCUCUAGCGAGUUUCUCAGCACCAGAGACACCAGCGAUCUGGAGCCAGCACUUGUCUUCCUCAACAAACUGCUUUCUUCAUCGCCUCUGAAACUGAUUCUACUUUGUUUACUCUCUUCAACCUGAAACUUAGUUUCUACCCUCCGCAACACAUCCUCAACUUGGCAUCAGUCAUGGAGAAUGAACUCUCAACCCACGCAUCUCACGAAAGUGAUAAAACAUCAGAGCUAUCUCACAGCAGCCCACCAUCACCCCUCAGUAUUGGCGUCGAUUCACAGCACGUCUCCAAGCAGCUACCGACCGCUGACAAUGGAGUUCGGACCCAGGCCACUCACAAAAGUGUAGAUUCCUUAAGGUCUUCGCACAAUAGCCCUGGCAUUUCUCCUGGUGAUGGAGUUUGUCCAACAACAUCGCAGUUUAAUCUGUGUUAUCGAUCCAAAUUUACUCAGUGGAAACAUGCGGCCACUGCGCAUAUCCCGGGCUCUGAUUCGUUGGAAUUCUACAUACAAUCCUUCUUAGACCUGCUCAAGGAUGUUCCUCCAUUUUUUCAUUCUGCUCCGGAAGAGGUGGUGAGAAAUGUGGGCGACUGUCUCAUCGAAUCUGAGAUGAGCAUCGAGUCGACGGAGGAUCCCUCCUGCGAUCAACCUCGUAUAUCCCUCAAGUAUCGUCACUUCAUCGCAAAGCCAUGGCCUGUCACAUACCGUACUGCUACAGAGAUGCCAACAGAAGUUGCAAUCCCCGCUUCUGCGAGUCCUCUUCGUGCCAGUUAUUUCACGAGCAUCGCCCUAGCCUGGUCUUAUAUCUUUUCUGCCCGCUGGGUCGAGAUUCUACAGCAAGCUGGGUUGGAGUGCCAGAUGUUUCAUGCAAAAGGCUUGCAGCUUGAAAACUCUUUCUGGGACAUUGUUUUGCAGGGUCAUUGGGAAGCUCGAUGCAAGGACCCCGAAGACGAGGAAGAACAAGUUUACUCUCCGUGGAUGCUGAGAUUGUCUGACAUCACAAACCCCGAAGAUGAAUGGGAAUCGGUCGCUUCAGAUUCGGCCCUUGCUUAUGGUGCCCUUGUCGAACUUUGCAAACUCGAAGGUCUCGAAGGAGAGUUACUCAUUGGUCUUACUUCGAUCCUAAAUCUAGAACCAUGGACGAUAUCUAAGCCCAAAUUCCCUCCUCCUGUGAUGAUCCCAGCCAUUCCUGUGUGUCCAGGCCGAGUUUGCAAAAACACGAUCUAUUACAAGCUGUUCCGAUCAAUCGAUCAAUGCAUGUUUCUCAGCACAACAGGAGAGGCUAUCGACUCACUGACUUGCAGUGUGUUCUUCGACCCUAGCGUGCCCUGCAAUCUCGUAGGGGCCGCGUUCUUAGGCAUAAUUGAAGCUCUUUCGCCAGCCGAUACGAUGAGCAAGCGGCAGCUGCACUCAGAGCACAAGCUCCUCAACGCGAUCAUAUAUGUGAAACCAUAUCUGAGUCUUUUUUGGGCAGCAGCAAUCUACACCAACCAGGCGAUGCCUUUGCUGAGGUGGUCGCUUAGCGGGAUACCGAUUCUUUGUCUGCCUGCCGCAUACUGGACAAAUACAUAUCAAUCGUUCCUUCAGAUUAACUACCGUUCGGCCUCCUCCAAAGACCAUUUGAGCACUCGGGUGGAUGAAUUUCAGACAUCCCACUUCUGCCUAUCCGAUACUAGUUCUCUGCCAUGGCCAUGGUCCCCAGCACCCCCAUUUGGCUCAACUCCAGUCACAAAUCUAAGCCUCAAAGCGAGGGAGCAUCUGCCACACAUGCAUAGACCUCGUUCUUGGCAAAUAUACUGGAUACUAGAGUCUGAGCAAAAGAUCCCUGCGAGCAGCAAGCAUCACUUUGAAAGUUCCGAGGUUCAUACUAUCAACUACUUUUGUUGUGCAGGAAAUUCUGACGAGUUGCCCCAUCCUCUAAGAGAUUUGGCUGAAGCGCAAUCGGGCAAUGGCACACGAAGACUCUUCUGUUGGCAGAGACAUCAUGAGGGUGCUAUAUGGCUUGAUGAUGGGUCGGGUGACGUUGAUGCCAUUCGUCGUAUGCAGAUACAUCCUUGGGUCAAAGACCCCUGGAACAACGGUGACUUUCCAGUUUCUGAGCCUCAACACAAGGAGCUUGAUCUGGGGAGAAUCUUGAAAUGGAGAGAUACGGUAGAGCACGAUGGCUAGUAGAAGCUUGAUUCAUGGUGAUGUAAAAUGACCGAGCUCAGUAUAUGGACGGGAUGAAACCAGCGCUAUGGCCGCAACAUGCGGGUAUGUUCAAAUGUACAUUUGCAAUCUCUGCAGAAAAUCAAAGAAUGAAAUCAGCGAGUCCAGUCUCCUUUGUCAUCUUGACCCCCCGCAUUU